GCUGUAGGACACAGAUGCUGUGAGAAGAAAAGGAAGGACAGACGUGCAUAGUAGAAGGACAGAGAGAAGGGUGGAUAGAGAAAGGUUUGAAAGUUUAUGUGAUUUGGCCUGUUUUUGUGCUGUGAAGCCUCAUAGACUCAGAUCCUUCUGUGGUCAGAGGUCUGUGCAGCGUGAGCUUCUGGGUCCUGGAUUUGAGGAUGGCUUUGUGGGUGUUGAUGAGCUGUGUGCUGAGUCUGCUGGUUUUUCAGGUCUGCUGCUCUGCAGAGCAUCAGCACAAUGAGGCAGGGCAGGACCCUAAGACCCUUUACCUCUGGAGAAAUCAAGGGAAAGGGAUGAAGAGAGUCAAGAGAGACUGGAUCAUCCCCCCCAUCAGAGUGUCAGAGAACAGCAGAUAUGUUCCUGAGAAUCUGGUCCAGAUCAAGUCAGACAAAAUCUUCUCAGGAGUGGUGAUCUACAAGUUAGAGGGACCAGGGGUGGACCAGGAGCCCAAGGACCUGUUUGAGAUUGAUGAUAAAACAGGAAUAAUCAGGAGCAAGAAGCCGCUGGACAGAGAGCGGUACAGCAGCUUCACGCUGAAGGCGUUUGCACUUUCCCCCAGUGGAGAGAGACUGGAGAACCCAACAACCAUCGAGAUUGUGGUUCUAGAUCAGAAUGACAACAAGCCCGCUUUUACUCUGAAAGAGUUCUUUGGAUCAGUCCCAGAGUUCUCUCUCCCAGGCACAUCAGUGAUGUCAGUUACAGCCACAGAUGCAGAUGACCCAAUGACAGAAAACGCAGCUCUAAGUUUCUCCAUCGUUGGUCAGGAGAGCAUCCCCCCCAAUGCUGUGAACAAGACUAUGUUUGGUAUUAACUACCAGACAGGAACCAUCUACACCAAGGAUGUGGGCCUGGACCGGGAGGUGGUGAAGAAGUUCAAGUUAAAGCUAGAGGUUGCUGAUAUGGGGGGUGAAGGAUUAAGAGGUGAGGCUGUGGCCAUCAUCACCAUAUCUGAUAUCAACAACCACGCACCACAGUUUCACCAGGCCUUGUACAGCAUUAGAGCCCAGGAGAAUGUUUUCAACGUUGAGAUUGGACGCGUUAGUGUGACAGACAGAGACGAGCCAGGAACAGGGAACUGGGAAGCCAAAUACAGCAUCUUAUCAGACCCAAACAAAAACUUUGCCAUCCAGACGGAUCCAGUCAGCAACGAGGGAAUCCUGACAGUGAUGAAGCCUCUGGAUUUUGAAGUCAAAAGGGAGCACAAGUUGAUUCUGACAGUGGAAAACAUCAAUCCUCUGAGCAGCAAGACUCGAAACCAACCCCUAAGUUCUGCCACAGUGAUGGUGACUGUGGAGAACCAGAAUGAGGCUCCGUAUUUUAAGGAGAACCCCAUACGGAUCGAGGUCCCCGAGAAUGAAAAACCUGGAAAGCUGCUGAAAAGCAACAUCGCCUCAGACCCCGAUCAUUCUGAACUCAGAUUUGAAAUCAGCAAAGACCCUGAAGGCUGGCUGGAAAUCAAAAGAGAAACAGGAGACAUUUUCCUGAGAGGACCCUUCAACAUGAAAUCUCCACAUGUCAAAAACAACAUCUACAGCGCUGUCAUUAAGGUUACAGAUGCUGGUGGGGUUUCAGCCUCUGCAACAGUGAAUAUCAUCCUGGAAGAAACCAACGACUUCCCUCCUCAGCUCGUCCCUUUGAGCAGCUCCUUGUGCUCAGGCGAUAACAAAGCAUCUCCUGGUGUCUUACUGACUGCUGUGGAUGAAGACCAUCAUCCACAUGCAGCUCCCUUCAUCUUUUACAUCGCUGACCCGCUGUCAUUAAACUGGACUGUCUUUGAUUUCAACGAUACUCAUGCAGUUCUGAGACCCACUGUGGAGCUGGAAGCUGGAGAGUAUCAAGUACCAAUGUUGGUCAAAGACUCUGGCAGCCCGUCUCAACGCACUUUAACUCAAGUCAAUGUCACCGUAUGUCUCUGUGACUCCUAUGGUGACUGUAGAUCUGAGUCGGGCGCUUUCUUAGGCUCCAGAGUGGGAGUCAGCUUCAUUGCUCUCAUCAUUAUCAUCGCAUGUAGUUCACUUCUACUGGUGCUGCUGCUCUUGGCUGUGGCCUUAAACGCUUGUGGAAGACGUCACCACAUAAAGAAAGGAUCAGGUCUGCUUGUCGCUGAAUCUGAGGACGAUGUACGAGAUAACAUCCUCAACUACGACGAGCAGGGAGGGGGUGAGGAAGAUGAGAACGCCUUCAAUAUUGACCUGCUGUGGAACCCCCAUGAUGCACCUCACAACCCGUGGUCCUUCUACCCAGGCUCUGGCAUUCCCCGAGGCAAAGAGCCCCUCAGGAAGGAUGCCCCACAUAACCUGCCCUCCCCCACCUACCCAAGGCGGCCUCCUGCAGAUCCCACUGACAUCGAGGACUACAUCAAUGAAGGCUUGGAGGCUGCUGACAACGAUCCCAACGUGCCUCCAUACGACACAGCCCUGAUCUAUGACUACGAGGGAGAGGGCUCAGUGGCCGGCAGCCUCAGCUCCAUUGUUUCAGGAAGCUCAGACGGAGAUCAGGACUAUGAUUACCUCAACGACUGGGGACCACGCUUUCAGAAACUAGCAAAUAUGUUUGACCCACGUUAAAGCCAACAGAACAAGAGCUGCAGCGUUAAGGGCACACAACAUGCCUGAUGUGAUUUUUCUUUAUCAUAAGACGAGAUUGUUCUAAUGAAGAAAAUUAUUUUUGCCUUAUUAGAGCUUGUUUGGACACAAACAGCAAGGGGACUUGAUGCUGCCUUCAGCGUUUUUAGGAAACAGGAUGUGCAUGUGGGAAUCUUCAAUCUCCUGCAGAUCACUUAUGAUGCACACAAAAGACAGAAAAAUAAUUUGUUUUGAUGUUUUUUUUUUUUUUUACAUUUUAUAAGAUGAAUUUUCAGUAUUUUGUGUU